GUCGCACGACGCGGCCUACACGCUGUUCCGCCUGGGGCAGCCCGCCGGCCCAGGGCUGCGCGCCAUGGCCGAGACGGGACGGUCCGAGGUGCUGGAGGACGAGAACCAGGGCGCCGCCGGCGUGUUCGACGAGUUCACCGCGCCCCCCGUGCACUCCGGGGCCGGCUGGACGCAGGCCGAGUUCUUCGUCGACGGCAACCACUCCAGGGUGUCGCUGAUGUCCCGGAUCGUGCCGUCGCCGGACUGGUUCGUCGGCAUCGACAGCUUUGACCUGUGCGUCGACGGAGGGUGGAUCGACACCAUCACCAUCGAGGUGGACCCGCUGGACGCGGGCACGGACAACGGCUUCACCUUUACGGCGCCCAACUGGCCGACGGAACCGCAGGGGGUGGUGUACCGCAUCACCAGCACGCACCCGCAGCACCCCGCCGGCUCCUUCUACUACCCGUUCCUCAAGCGGCUGCCGGCCAUCGCCACCUUCCAGUUUAUCAAGGUGAAGGAGUACGAGUUGUCUGAGGUGUUCCGCCACACCGAGGACAGCCAGCACUUUGACGUGUUCCGCGCCGAGCCGCAGCACCCCAACAGCAUCCCGGUGCUGGGGACGGACGGCGUGCAGCAGGAGAUCGAGGAGCAGCGCCAGGAGGAGGAGCAGAGGAUGGAGGAGCAACGGCAGCAGCAGCAGCAACACGAACUCACCACCGUGGGGUGGGCGAGCACGCCGAUGAGCCGCAGGGCGACCGCGGUGGGCGACAAGGCCGCCGCCGCCGUGGUCGACUCGAUCCUCAACACGUACGGCCCCGCGUACACGGUGGUGGUGGCCGACGGCGGCGGCCCCUCCCCGCCGACCAGCGCCGCCCCGAGCACCGCCGCCCCGCCGACCCCGGCGCCCAGGAGCCAGCGUCGCAAGCACAAGACCGUCCGCAAGAUCCGAGCGCCGCGGGACUGCCGGGUGGGCGAGUGGGGCCCGUGGAGCGAGUGCUCCAAGUCGUGCGGCAUCGGGGAGAUGCAGCGGCGGCGCACCGUGGUGAAGCACCCGCGGCGCGGCGGCCGGGUGUGCCCGCCGCUGCUGGAGACCAAGUGGUGCGGCUCGGCCAGGGACUGCGCCAAGAGCUACUUCAAGUGGUGAACAGGUGUUGGUCCUGGGCUUGGCCGAAACGAGUCCGGAGAAUGGGUACCCAAUGCCCUGCUGGCCCAGGGGCGCCGCCCGGGCCGAGGAGGCCCAGCAGGGGACGGGCGGGACAAGAGGAGUCGCUGUUCAGUAGAGGACGCCGCCGACCCGCAUCGCCCACGCUGCCAUCGCUGACAGUUGACAAACUUCUGGGACCCGCAGUGGGCCACACAGUGGGCCACACAGCCAUAUCGAGCAACAUGCCAGGAGUGUCAGCUCAGUACAAAAGAAAAAACGAGCACACGUUAUUUUUCUAUCUACUGUUGUUGUUAGUCCGAGUGAGAAAUGGAGCAAGCCGACAUUCGUGUUGUAUCUAGCGUUUCCGAAUUCCAUUUCCGAAGGUAAUUAUGUAGACCAGCUACUUACUUGUUUAUCACCUGUGAGGUACCUGGCUUCAGAUCAGCAAUUUCUUGAAGUAAACUCUACUAGUACCUUUCUAAACUAUUCACAAUAAGAUGUUAAGUCAGCAUUAAACCUGAAACUCCUGUCUCAAAAGAAAAUAAGUUGUAUUUUCACUAGAUUUUUUUUAUUACGUUUUGUUUUUGUUUUUUUUGAAGGUCUAUGUAUAAAGAUUUUGUAUCUUGUAUAUCUUGUGUAGUGUAUGUAGACAAUGGUUUGGGCCAUAAAGUAGAGCCUUACAAAAAGGUUCAGUUUAAUUUUCAUACCAGUUGGCCUGUUUGAUAUAAAGUGAUAAGGAGCUGGAUUUUAUUCGGUCAAGGCAAUCAGCAGCUUUCAUAAUCUAGUCUGAAAUCUAGUCUUUUCACUGCUAAAAGUUGUAAAACAACUGCAUAUACAUUAUAGCUCCCUGGGCUUCUUUCCUUUUUUAACAAAAUCAUGUUUUCCAUCAUAUUUCCUACAACACAUGUAGAGUUUCGGUUAGACAUGAUAAGCAUUUGAUUGAUUUGCCAGGAACCCUUUCUCACAUACUCAUACUUUUACUGAAAAUAAUUUAAGUUUUUGUAGCCCUUUAAAUCAGUAUACAGUCUAAUGUUUAAACUGAUAAUUAAAUUAACUCACUAACCUAAAGCUUCCAAAGUUUCAAUAUCAUUGUUUUUGUUAUACUUAAUAAUGAAAAGAAUUAUUUUCAGAUCCAGGGAUUCCUAGUGAGAACACACAAUCAAAAUGGGGUUUAAAAACAGGUCUGUGUGGACAUCAUUUUGACGUCUAAUAAGUCCCUAUCUGUGAGGACUAUGAUUUUGUUUUGACCUUAAAGGUCAAAUUGACACCUCUUUAAUGUCAUUUUGACUUAAGUGUUCUCUUUGGGUUGUGUUCAAUGCCUUUUUCAUUGAAUUUAUGCCUAAGAAUUUGUAAAUUGUACUAUUCUAAUGGUUGUCAUAUGUUGUGCUAGUGUAUAGACAUUCAUUCAUUCCUGAAUUAUAAGUUAAUAUUUUUAAAGAGGUGGUUGAAUGUGCCAUUUAAGCUGUAUGGAUGCAUUUCACUUUAAAAUUUCAAAUAAUUUACUAAUUUUUUUCAGAAAUCUCCUCUUUCUCCGACUGACCUGAAAUGUAAGUGUUAUGAAAGUUAACUGUCAAUCAAUGAUGUGUUAUGUGUAAAAAAAAUAGUGAUUGAAUACAAAUAUAGCAUUAGUAAUCUAA